CCGGAGUGUGUGGACCUCCCCCCGGGGGUCGCUUCAGGCGAAAUCUGUCAGUCUUUUCAGUUUUUCAGCGUUUUGUGCUGCGUUUUCUUCUUAGGGCUGAGUGUUUACCGCGGGACAAACUUGAAACGUGUUUGUGACGAUGGUGGAGACUUUGUAGCAGAAGCGGCGUUUGAAGUGUUUCAGCCAAACCCUCUAAAGAAUGGCUGGAGAGGCAGUGCUGAGGAGGGGAGUGAGCUGGGUGAAGCAGUCCGCACACAGAGCUCCAAUCUUUGGGCAGAGCUCGGCCGUGGAGGGUCUCUGUGGAGCCUCGGGCUUGAGCUCAGUCCGGGGCCCUCAGGCAUGUGCCUACAGAUUUGCCACUGUGGGAGCUUCUUUCAACAGCUGUUUGGUCUUAAACGGAGGAGGGAAAAUGGCACAAUCUUCCAGACAUGGCUCUAAAUGUGUAAAAUACUCCAGGACUCUUCCACUGGUCCAAACUCAAACCAGAGCUCUGAACCAGGACGGUCCUAACGUAGGCCGACUGUCUGCCGAGGAUCUACAGAGAGCCAGAGGGACCAAGAUCUACAAGCCUCACAAACAAGUGCUCAGUGAAAAAGCCAGAGAAAGAAAAGUUCCUGUCACUCGUUUGGGAAGACUGGUCAACUUUGGAGGACUGGCAGUUGGACUUGGCAUCGGGGCACUCACAGAAAUGGCCAAGAAGUCUUUUAAACCACAACAACAAGGGGAUAAGAGGCCUGUUCUGGACUCUAACCCGUUCCUGAAUGAAGCAAAUGCAGAGAGAAUCGUCAGCACUCUGUGUAAAGUGAGAGGAGCCGCUCUGAAGCUCGGACAGGUGCUUAGUAUCCAAGAUGAUGCAUUCAUCAGUCCACAGUUGGCCAAGAUCUUUGAGCGAGUUCGUCAGAGCGCAGACUUCAUGCCCACCAAACAGAUGAUGAAGGUCAUCAGUGGAGAGCUGGGUCCAGACUGGAGGAGUCGUCUUCAGUAUUUUGAGGAGAAACCUUUCGCUGCAGCUUCUAUCGGACAGGUGCAUCUGGGCAGACUCCACGACGGCAGAGAGGUGGCCAUGAAAAUACAGUAUCCAGGAGUGGCUCGGAGCAUCAACAGUGAUGUGAGAAACAUCAUGGCAGCUCUAAGUUUAAGCCGCGCUCUGCCUGAAGGUCUUUUUCCUGAGCACCUCAUCGAGGUCAUGAGUCGAGAACUGGCUUUGGAAUGUGACUACGUCAGAGAGGCCGAGUGCGCAAAGAAGUUUAAGGAGCUGUUGAAGGACCACCCGUUCUUCUAUGUUCCUGAUGUGAUCGAGGAGCUGAGCAGUCGGCAGGUCCUGACUCUGACUCUGGUUCCUGGAUUUCCUCUGGACAAAGCCUCAGAUCUGGACCAGGGUCUUAGAAACCAGAUCUGUGAGCAGAUUCUGACGCUGUGUCUUCGGGAGCUGUUUGAGUUCAGGUUCAUGCAGACCGAUCCCAACUGGUCCAACUUUUUCUUUGACCCUCAAACGCACAAGGUGGCUCUGUUGGAUUUCGGAGCGUCUCGGGGUUUUGAUAAGAGCUUCACUGACACUUACAUAGAGGUGAUAAAAGCAGCUGCAGACCAGGACAGAGACAGGGUCCUGCACAAAUCCAUAGAAAUGAAGUUUCUCACAGGAUUCGAAACAAAGUCCAUGUCCAAGGCUCACGUGGACGCCGUUAUGAUUCUGGGAGAGGCUUUUUCUUCUGAUGAACCGUUCGACUUCGGGACCCAGAACACUACCGAGCAAAUACAUUCUCUAAUUCCCAUCAUGCUUCGGGAGAGGCUGACUCCACCCCCCGAGGAAACCUAUUCGCUGCACCGCAAAAUGGGCGGAUCCUUCCUGAUCUGCUCCAAACUCAAGGCAAAGAUACGCUGUAAAAAUAUGUUCCAAGAGGCGUAUCAAAACUACUGGAGGGACUCUACCACCAAUGCAACCAAAUGAAACUCACUUUACUAGAAGCGUAUACUUUUCCAUCCAAAACCUGUGCAACUGAUUUCUAAUUUCAGAUAUUUUUUGCGGGGGUUUCAGCAGCGGUCAUCUGGACUUGAACUCGGUAGAUUUAUCUUUAUCUGGAUUUACGCAGUUCCUUGAAAUUUGAGCUCAAUGGUUCAUUUUCUAUUCAUUUUUUCCAUAAACCUUUCAUAAAAUUCUAAUAAGAGUUCAAAGGCGUCACUACUUGCCAACCAGCUACGUGCUAACCAGCUACGUGCUAACCAGCUACGUGCUAACCAGCUACGUGCUAACCAGCUACGCGCUAACCAGCUACGCGCUAAUCAGCUACGCGCUAAUCAGCUACGUGCUAAUCAGUAUUAAGUCCAAAAAGUAUAAUCAAAACUGUGAAAUGUUAAACAAAGUGGUUUAUAAAGUUUCAGAAACAGAUUUUAAAUCAAAGUACAGGUCUUGUGACAUUAGUUCCUCAGGGCUCAUCAGCCCCGAGCAGCUUUCAAACUUCUAAUACAAUUUUUUUUAUUUUUUUUUUUAUAAAGUCUGAUAAGAAUGAAUGAGAAAUUUGGUUUUGGACGGUGUGUCCAAACGUAGACGAUAAAACACCAUACAGCACCAUAUGAUAAUAUUGAAACUUCCACUGACACAGAGCAGGAGCGUCCCAGAAAUGUUUUUUAAAUUUACAGUUUCAUUCAAAACCAUGAGCUUCAAUAAAUGCCACAGAAGUCAUUCACUCAAUCCUCUGCAGCUCAAAUCUUAUCGUGUCACAUAAAAACAGCAAAAAUCUCACCACUGCUGCAAGAAGUUACACAGAUGAGAAAUACUGAGGCUCAAAUUACACUGUUCCAACUUUUAUUUAGUGAACCACGAGUCCAUAUAGUGAUUAUCAUGAAGGGUUUAUCCAAACGACCUCUGCUGAAACCUCUACACACUGCAGGGUUUUCUAAAUGUAGGUCAUUGGGUCAGAUACUUGAAAACCGAUCUCUAAUAGAGAGCGGGACUCAAAUGUAUUGAAACUAACUUUAAAGGUGCACCGUGUAACUUUUACAGAAGGUCUGCCACGUUCUUGUCUCCAUAGAAAUGUUAUUUGCUUUGACCUGAAUGUUUCACCGAAUGGAAUACCGAAUAUAUAUGUUGGAUUUAUUCAGGUUUUAUUGAUAAAGAAGUGCCUUUACAAUCCUGCAUUCUUACUAUGACUGGGGUCGCCUCUCCGCAGAUCUGAUCUGUAACAUGUCCUGGCAAUAUCAACUUCUUCUUUGAGAGAAGUUUAAUGCCGU